CAUCAAGAAAACGUUGCUAGUUAACUCUAUUAUAUAUCCCUUCAAUCCCAAGCAGUUUUUACACACACUCAACCAUUGCAUAAUAAAUACAACCAUUCCAUUUUUUCACAAUUCUAAGGUCUCAACUUUCGUUUCUCUGCCAUGCAGGAGCAAAACCCUUCCGAGAAUUCUCCCUCCAACGAUGACGCACCCAAUCCGCAGGGUGGCGAAGGUGAGAUCAUGAAGACCCCUUGGCAAGUGUUGGAGGAGCUUUGCGGUGGUUCCUCCACCCCCGUGGCUGUGGCUCCGGUGAGCGAGGGAGUACUCCAACCCAAAAAAAGAAAAACUUCCGAAGUGAGAGACCCUCCAAGGGGAAAACCCAUUUGCCCUGUUUGCAACAAAGAAUUCACUUCAUGGAAGGCCGCGUUUGGCCACAUGCGUGCACACCCAAAUCGUGAUUACCGCGGUUUCUACAAGCCUCCAGCGUUUCCCUCCUCAUCCUCAUCGAAAGAUCAACCACCACCUAGUGCUAACAACAACAAGGGUGGUGGUGCCAAGAAGACUAACGCCGCUAGUGAUGGUACUGACGAGGUUGACAGUGGUGGGGGGAAAGAGGUGACACCAUCUCCUAAUCAAUUGUUUGGCUUUGAUCUGAAUGAACCUGUGGAGGGACUUGGAUCCUCUCACGCCGUUGAAGAGGGUGUUCAGGAGGAAAAGGAUCUAGGAUUCGACUUGAAUGAAAUGCCUCCUGCUGAAGAUCAUGAAGGCUGAAGAUCUAUCGAUCUCAAGUUAAUUAUGGGUUUAAAGUUUAUAAUUAAUAAUGUUGAAAUCAAUAUAUAUAUAUAUCAAGGAUAUAAUGAUAUUUGUGUUGGUUUAAUAUAAUAUAUAUAUGUAAUGAAAUGUUGGUUAACUUUGUUUC